UAACAAAUCAUACUCAGCCUUAUAAAAGGCCACUUUUGACUUGGUCUUCUGCAUCAUAGCUUUCUUUUUCUCUUCAAAAUGUCUAACCCUACUACACCCGCUAUUUCAACUACUCCUGCUGCUGACCUUGCUACUACAGAUCAAACUCGCGACUUAGCUGCCAACUUUGCUGCUCAAUUGGCUAGCCAAGGCACAUCCACUCCAGGUUUUGCUACAGAAGCUGCUGGUAUCUCUGCAAGAGAUUGGGCCUUGUUUAAGGAUCCUGUUCUCCAUAACGAACGCUUGGAAGCUAUUCGUCAAAAGAAGGGUUAUAUUAUUGAUAUGGAUGGUGUUAUCUAUCACGGUUCCAAAUUAUUGCCUGGUGCAAAGGAAUUUGUUGAAUUCCUUCAAAAGAACAACAAAAAGUUCCUCUUCUUGACCAAUAACUCUGCUCCCACUCCUCGUGAAUUGCAACAAAAAUUACAACGUCUGGGCAUUGACGUGACUGAAGACCACUUCUUUACUUCUGGUCAAGCUACUGCAUAUUUCCUUGCCUCUCAAAUGCCUGAAGGUGGUACCGUUUAUGUCAUUGGUGAACCUGGUCUUGCUUAUGCACUUUAUGAUAAGGGUUUCUUCAUGAAUGACCAUAACCCCGAUUACGUCGUUUUAGGUGAGUCAGCUGUCUAUAACUUUGAAAAGUUGACCAAGGCUGUUCAAUUGGUUCAAAACGGUGCCAAGUUAAUCUCCACCAACUUGGAUGUUGAGACUUUGGACUCUUCAGGUCGUAAGAUCCCCGCCACAGGUGCCUUCACUGCCUGUGUUGAAUUGGUCACCAAGACCAAGGCUUUCUUCUGUGGUAAGCCCUCUGCCUUGAUCAUGCGUUAUGCUCAACGCGUACUCGGUUUGAGUCGUUUGGAAACUUGUAUUAUCGGUGAUCGUAUGGACACAGAUAUUGUCGCUGGUAUCAGUUCUGAAAUCGAUCCUGUCCUUGUCCUCUCCGGUGUCACUGAAAUGAGUGACCUCAACCUGUUUGCAUACCAUCCCUUCGUCAUCUUGGGUGGUGUGUAUGAAAUUCCUAGUGAUGAUGACAAGAACAAGCUGACUGAUAGCGAUCUUGAAGAGGCCAGUCGACGUGCAUCCUUCCUUUAAGAAUAUUUGCAUUUUAUCAAAUUGUUUAUAUUUGUAAACAUAGAAAACAAACAAAAAAAAAGUCAUUUGCAUACAAUGUUUUUCCCAUUUCAAUCCUUUUUAUUUGAAUCCUUUCCCUUUGAAUAAAAACUAAAAGAUCCUUUUGUUUAAACUCAGUAAAGCUCGAUUUCCUAAUUUAGCUAAAAGUGUGACUAUUUUAGCAUCAUCUCUUUCG